AUGGCAGCAGUCCUGAUUCUCCUGACCUUUCUUUUGCCUCUUGGAGCUGGUGCAGAGAAGAUCAUCGGGGGCCAUGAGGCCAAGAGCCACUCCCGCCCCUACAUGGCAUUUGUUGAAUUUCUGGAUGUUAAGGGGAAGAAUAAUUCCUGUGGAGGCUUCCUGGUGAAAUCCAGUUUCGUGCUGACAGCUGCUCACUGCAUGGGAAGCGCAAUGAGAGUCACUCUAGGAGCCCACAACAUCAGCUUCCCGGAGAAGAGCCAACAGAUCAUCCCUGUGGCUAAAGCCAUCCCACACCCAGGCUUUAAUAACAAAACCAUCACUAAUGACAUCAUGCUCUUAAAGCUGGAGAGGAAGGCCCUAAAGACUGAAUAUGUGAGGCCCCUCAGCCUGCCCUGUUCUGAGGUCCAUGUGAAGUCAGGGGACGUGUGCUCCGUGGCAGGUUGGGGAAGGAAGGCCCGAAAUGGCAAUUUAUCAAAAGUACUACGAGAGGUAGAGCUGACAAUACAGAAGGAUCAGGAGUGUGAGUCCCGCUUUCCACAUCGUUACAACAAAGACAUUGAGAUCUGUGUCGGGGACCCAAAGAUCAAGCAUGCUUCCUUUAGUGGCGAUUCUGGAGGGCCUCUCCUGUGUAACAAAGCAGUUGCAGGCAUCGUCUCCUAUGGGUUUAAAAAUGGUUCAGCUCCGAGAGUCUUCACCAGAGUGUCAAGUUUCCUCUCCUGGAUAGAGGAAAAGAUGAAACACCAUUAA